AGCCCGACCCAUUCCCUGCAGAUCAAUGCUGCAGGAGGAGGAGGAGGAGGCGUGGAGCCCUUUUGUUACCUGUGUUAGUGUACCUGGCUGUUGUAAGUUAGUAACAAGAACUGAGUUUAUGAUGCCUUUAGAGAAAAGGAACAGCGUUAUGAUAAAACUUUAAACGAAACAAGGUUGGCUGGUCACUAUACAGUGCAACUGUUUCUACCUGCAUGGCGCAGCGAAUGGGAAUGUUAAUUAGGCUCCACCGUGAGCGUAAGGACGAAUAGGAGGCACUUCCUCCAAGAACCCAUUCACCUUCCAAGUCCGACCCUCUCUCAAGUUUCGUUUUGGACUCCUCAGCCACCUUUCAGCUCGUCCUCAUCAUCUCACCUGUAUACGUAGAGAUCAUGGAUUUCACACGGUCGAAGAUUUCAAAGGCGCUCCAGCUUCACGUCACGGAAAAAGGGCGCUAUACGUGCAUCUGGAAGGGUUAGAAAAGGCUGCCAAUGUGAAAGGAAAACGCGUGACCACUACUUCAUGUUACAGUGCAUGGCCUCCGGACAAAGUGGACACGAACAUGCACAAACCCCUCCGAAAGCGGAGUCUCUACGUGUUGCUGUGUUUUGGCAUCAUAUACCUCAGACUUGGGGCCCUGUCCUCGGUAGUGGCUCUGGGUGCCAACAUCAUCUGCAACAAGAUUCCUGGGCUGGCACCUCGCCAGCGGGCCAUCUGCCAGAGCCGCCCGGACGCCAUCAUUGUAGUAGGUGAAGGCGCUCAGAUGGGCAUCAAUGAGUGUCAAUACCAGUUUCGAUACGGACGCUGGAACUGUUCGGCGCUGGGAGAGAGGACAGUCUUCGGUCAGGAGCUGCGAGUAGGCAGUCGGGAAGCAGCGUUCACCUACGCCAUCACAGCGGCAGGGGUGGCCCACGCCAUCACCGCAGCGUGCAGUCAGGGCAACCUGAGUCAAUGCGGCUGCGACCGAGAGAAGCAGGGCUACUACAAUCAGGAGGAAGGCUGGAAGUGGGGAGGCUGCUCGGCUGAUAUAAAGUACGGAAUUGAGUUCUCUCGACGCUUCGUGGAUGCCCGCGAGAUUAAAAAGACUCCACGUCGCCUGAUGAACUUACAUAACAAUGAGGCCGGGAGAAAGGUACUAGAAGAAAGGAUGAAGCUAGAGUGCAAGUGCCAUGGUGUCUCGGGCUCCUGCACCACCAAGACCUGUUGGACUACACUUCCCAAAUUCCGUGAGAUUGGCUACAUACUCAAAGACAAGUACAACGAAGCAGUUCAUGUGGAGGUGGUCCGGGCUAGCCGACUCCGUCAGCCCACACACCUUAAGGUGAAGCAGACUCAGGGCUACCGCAAGCCCAUGGAGACUGACCUUGUCUACAUUGAGAGGUCGCCCAAUUACUGUGAGGAGGACGCUGCAACGGGGAGCGUGGGCACCCAGGGACGCUUGUGCAACCGCACCUCGCCACAUACAGAUGGCUGUGACCUGAUGUGCUGUGGGCGGGGAUACAAUACACACCAGUACACCAAAGUGUGGCAGUGCAAUUGUAAGUUCCAAUGGUGCUGCUUUGUCAAGUGCAACACAUGCAGUGAGAGGACGGAGGUGUUUACCUGCAAAUAAAGGACGCCAAAAACUCAGUGCCAGGAAGUGAGGCGCCAAGGACUAGCUAAACGAGGAAGACUCAAGCAAGGGAGAUUAUAGUGUGACAUGGACCAGUGAACGAUUUUGAAACAAAAGAAUGGAAUUUACACUAUCAGCUCUUCAUGGCAAUGUUUUGCACAGCAGAAUCUAUCUAAUUUCUUUUCAGAAAAUAAAUGCUAGGUAUCAGUAGAUAAUUCCUCAGAACUUUACUGUUACAUAGAGAUUGUGCUCAUGUACUGAUCUUUCCACAGUGAAGAUGGGACUACAGAUAAUGAAUGAAAUCCUUGGUGGGAACUGUGCAUUGCACUGUUGGAUUUACAGCUAAAAUUCUCAAGCGACUUGUGCAUGGAAAGGAAAUGCAGUAACCUGGGAGUUGAUCGAAAUGUCUGGGAGAGAUUGGUCAAGUCUUUGAUUGAAAACCUUUCAAAUUUUUUGUUGUAUUUUCACUAAAGGGGAGCAAAGGUGAAUCUUUACAUUGAAUGACUCCCAAACUGACUGGGACUCAUGUCGGAUGUUUGUAGAAAUGAAGAACAUUUUGUAAUAUUGGUGCGUUGGGGUGCGCCAAAAUAUGAGUGGAGAACUGUUAAACCCUCUGCUGCCAACUGGAAUAGAGUGGAGUUUGUUAGUUUUCCAGUCACACUGGAACUGUCUGUUCUGAACACUGAAAAUAAAUUGUUUAUUUAUGUUAUAGUAUCUUAAAACAAAGCACUAACGGGUAGAGAUGUCUUUUUUUGUACUAAGUGUAAAGAAAAUUACUUUUUAGAAACUCUGACUGAAAAUUUGUCUUUUAGAAAAAUUACCCCUCAUUCCUUCAAACAUCUUUUUUUUUCUUAAAAAGAAAAAAAAGCUUCAAUGCUGGUGUGUUGACAACAAAAAACAUCAUAACAGUGUGUUUCACAUUAAAACACCUUGGUUCUAUUUCACUGUAGCAUAGAUUGUUUCCACUCCCUUACCUUCAAGCAGUAUCAUCUAUCCAGAUGCUUUUGCAAUUCCGUUAACAGACAGUAGCACGGAAACACAUUUUAACUGCAAAGAUCCUUCCUCAAUUCAUUUAACAUUAAACUGAUAUGUUGCUGGAUAUGUUGUCGAGUGCUGCACUGAUAUUUCUACUCAGCUACAACUCAUGAGAACUAAUAAACUCCCAUUUGACUCAG